AUGUCUCAGUCUCACGAUGAUAACAUUGAACACUGGAUCGAGGCCCAUCACAGGGUUGAGCCAGCCUCCAAAAGCACCAACAACCAGGAAAUCCACGUUUUCGCCGUCCAGCGAACCCCGGUCUUCGGUUCCAAAGCUUCGGCUGGAACAUGCUAUGAUGUUUCUUGGAGUUUUGGCCCUGCUACCUUCUCGGUCGAGGCUUGCUUCGAUAUCAGCUCAGGCUCGAUCUCCAUCUGUCUCUACGUGAAGAUCCCGUUCUUCUCCAAGCAAAAGCUUGGGUGUGCCACUGGGAGUAUUACCGAAGGGAUCUCUAUCGGUUUUGAUUGGAAGAUUGUCUCUGGGAAGUUCACGUUCACGAUCAAGGAUAAAUGGUUGUGGUUGCACUAUGAUGUCAAAGUCCUCGGGACAUCCUGGAACGGUGAUCUCAAGUUGAUCCCACUUCCUUUCCUCUAG